AUGGUAGAUUUUAUGGAUCUGCACCGUGCCUUUGGUUAUCAACAGUAUAAGGAGGUGUUGAGUGAGGGUAACUCGGGAGGUUUGGCAAUGUUCUGGAAUGAGGAUGUGAAUGUGCAAAUUCAAACUUCCUCUGCACAUCACAUCGAUCUGGUGGUGUCUGGCAAUCCUGGUGAACAGCAAUGGCGGCUGAUAGGAUCUUAUGGAUAUGCACAAACUGGGGACCGUGAUCGUUCAUGGGAUUUGUUGCGUAGCCUAAGUGAUCUAGACUCACUUCCUUGGGUCGUCCUUAGAGACUUUAAUGAGAUCUUGAAUAGUAGUGAGAAGAUCGAUGGACCAGUUAGGGCAGAAAGGCAAAUGCGAGGGUUUCGUGAGGCACUUGGAUAUGGUGAUUUGCUUGACCUAGGGUUUUAUGGGCCUAUGUGUACUUGGUGGAAUUCUGAAACGCAACUACGCUUGGAUAGGGCUGUAUGUACUCCGUCCUGGUGUGACUUAUUUGGCCAUGCUAGGGUACAUAAUCUUCCUCCUAGCGAUUCAGACCAUGCUCCUUUUCUACCGCAGGCGAGUACAGUUCCUAUUCUUCAAUGUCUGCGUCAUCAUCGAUUCAAGUUUGAGGCGUAUUGGGUGCAACAUGUUGAGUGCAAUGGGAUUGUGAAGGAUGCCUGGAAUACUGAUGUUAAGGGAACACCAAUGUUUUGCGUAAUGAAAAAGAUCAUGCAUACUCACUUAAGGCAACGUAAGAAUAUGCUGCAGGAGCUUUAUGAUGAGGAGGGUGGUUGGUGUGAGGAUGAUAAAGGUAUGGAGAAUAUUGUUACCUCGUAUUUCUCCAAGAUGUUUGCGGCGCAGGAUCUUGAUCAUGAGGCAGUGAUUACGACUCUUGCAGUGCUACAGCCUUGUGUGAGUCCAGAGAUGAACAAUCAAUUAUGUGCUCCAUACAAUCAGGAAGAAUUAAGGGUGCUUUGUUUCAAAUUUCAAAGCUUUUUGCAAUCAGGUCAGCUUUUAAGACAAAUUAAUUUCACUCAUAUUUGUCUUAUUCCGAAAGUUAGUAAUCCAGAGAGAAUGUCCGACUUGAGACCAAUUGCUCUCUGCAAUGUCAUCUACAAGAUUUGUUCCAAGGUGGUGGCAAACCGCUUGAAGCUCGUAUUACCUCAUGUAAUUUCUCCUUUCCAAAGUCCUUUUGUUCCUGGUCAUCUGAUAACUGACAAUAUUUUGGUGGCUAAUGAGAUAGCACAUUUUGUCCAUAACAAGAGGGAGGGACGCGAAGGGGCUGAGGGCUUUUCUGCUUUGAUCCAGCAGAAGCAGGAGCAAGGUCUUCUACCAAGUAUAGAGGUGUGUGAUUCUGCUCAAUCUGUAACUCACCUUCUUUUCGCAGAUGAUAGCAUGUUAUAUGCGCAAGCAUCAUUGGAGGCUUGCUAUGAAAUACAAGAGGUUAUAGAGACUUAUGGACGUGCGUCCGGGCAGUUGGUUAAUUUCAAUAAAAGCUCGGUCGUGUUCAGUGGUAAUGUUUCGGAGGCUUUGAAGGCAUGCUUACAUGCAAUUCGGUUUGCAGCUGAACAUGGUUUCAGUCCAGCUAUUUUGGAAACAGAUGCUUUGGAGGUUCAGCGGCAACUUAGCUCGGCUUCAGUCACCAAUAGUUCUGCACUUGGUCGUUUAUAUGACGAUCUGCCCUUCAUGUUGGAGGAUUUAGGUAAUGUGAGGAUAGUUUACAUUGGUCGGAAGGCUAAUAUGGUAGCUCACUUGCUCGUUGCACAUGGGCAUGAUUUAGUACAAGAUACUUUUUAUUUUUCAACCCCCAGUUUUCUUAUGGCUGCAGUAGCAGCUGAUUUCUCUUCUUUGUAA